UAUGGUACCUAAAACCGUCUGUUAUGUUAUUAUGUCUUAACACUCAAAGGCCUAAAGUUUCUCACUCAAACUUAAACAAGCAAAAAUAAAACAAAGUAACAGAUAUAUGAAUUUUAAAAUAAAUAAUCACAUAAUUAACUAAAUUGCAAAUUAAAGAUAAAAACUUAUAAUGAAUACUACCACAUUAAUUCUCCAAAUAUCGUUACUCCAGAGUACUCUGGUACCAAUUACAGGGAAGAUGGAUGUGGUAUGAUAAUCCGUAUAAGAAAGAUUUGUAUAUUCUUGGCGGUGGUGCUUGAAACACCCGCGCCAGCACGUGAACCCAGAAACCUCACUUAUUCCGUCCAGAUCCCCAAAGCGAAACCCUAACCCAGGUUCUUUUCCAACGGCCGCUCUGACUACUAACGAUAUAACCCACUCUCAAAGUCAUCAUUAUUUACGAUUCGCCCACCCUCCUCGUUUUAUACCACUACUCGCUUUUCACAAGGUUAACGCAACUCACUCCAAAAACCACCGUUUUCUGAGAAAGAAAAUGCCGUUACAGUCAUCCCGAACUAAAUCAUACGGUCUACACUUCUCCACGUACCUAAGAUCUUCACCGUCGAUUUGUCACGACUCUUCUUCUUCGUCAUAUUCUUACGCAUUCGCUUCGUCAAGCUCAAGCUUCUCUUCAAGAUCCUCCACCUUCUUCGCACGUGCGACUUCCCCCACGCGUGUAAACCUGUACGGACGAAGCUAUUCUCCUCAGUCAUCGCCGUCCGUCCGGUUCUCUAUCAACGAACGUCCGAUCUCUCCCAACCGUUCGAUUUCCUACAAGAACAAGAACAAUGCGGUGCCGUCUGGCUCUCACCACCAGAGGAAUAGGACGUGUUUGUGUUCCCCUACGACGCACCCGGGGUCUUUCCGGUGUUCUCUCCAUAAAGGAUUGCCUCUGUCGAGGAAGCACGAGAAUAAUCGUCAACCGAUGACGGCGUCGUUUCUUCCUGGUAGUCCGUUGAAUUUGAGGAGAUCGGCGAUGAAGAAUUCGUUAGUAAGAAUCGGAGGAGUGGAAGGAGAGUUGGUUAAGAGAGCUUUAACGGCUCUUAUUAGGCCUUCUUCGCAUCAGCAACGACGCCGAGCCGCUUUCGAGCCAAGGCCUAGUCGUCUUUCGAUUAUGUCUAAAGCCGAUGAUUCUUGACCUGUGUUAGGGUUUCAUUCUUUAUUGAGGUUAGAUCGGAUCGGACAAGCAGGCUCAGUGAGUCCGUGCACAAACAGUAUAACUCGGAUUUCGUUGUGAUUUCUUAUGACUACUUUUGGUAAAAGAAAUUGUUAACAGUUUUGCAGAGUUGAGAUGAUCAUUGUACAGAGCGAUUCUGCCAACGUUUACCAAAAUGAAUACCAAAAUGCAUUAGAAAUUUUGGUAAGGUUAAAAAUUUUUGUACAUUCUUUUAAGGCACCUUGUAAUUUUCGCUACAUACAACUUGUAAUUAUGGGCGACUAAAAUUGAAUUUAACUCGAAGAAUAAAAAAAUUUUCGAUUUUUAAAUUUUAAAUUAAAUAAA